CCCCCCCUCUCUUCGUUCUCGAUAAAAGAUCUCUCAGAAACCUCAAUUCCCUAAACGACAUCACCCAACACCGUUCAGCAUGGCCGAAGAAGCCAAAUCCAGAGGCAACGCGGCCUUCUCAGCCGGCGACUACGCUACCGCCGUCGAACACUUCACCGACGCCAUCGCCCUUUCCCCAACCAAUCACGUUCUCUACUCUAACCGGUCGGCGGCUCACGCGUCUCUCCACCACUACGCCGAUGCUUUAAAAGACGCUAAGAAAACCGUUGAGCUGAAGCCGGACUGGUCGAAAGGUUACUCUCGCCUCGGCGCUGCUCAUCUCGGCUUGCACCAAAUCCAAGACGCUAUCUCUGCUUACAAGAAAGGACUCGAGAUUGAUCCUAAUAAUGAAGGAUUAAAAUCCGGUUUGGCGGAUGCUCAAGCAGCUGCCUCCCAGAGCCGCGCUGCGCCACCGCCUAGUCCGUUUGGUAAUAUAUUCUCCGGUCCGGAGAUGUGGGCGAAGUUAACAGCGGAUCCGUCGACGAGAAUGUAUUUGCAGCAGCCGGAUUUCGUUAAGAUGAUGCAAGAGAUUCAGAAAAACCCUAAUAAUUUGAAUCUCUAUUUGAAGGAUCAGAGAGUGAUGCAGGCUAUUGGGGUUUUGUUGAAUGUUAAGUUUGGAGGGCCGAAUCCAGGGGACGAUAUGGAGAUUCCGGAGGAGACGUCCACUCCUCAGUCCUCUGCGUCGGAGAGGAAGGAAGAUAAGAAGAUGGAGGAGGAGAAGGUAGCGGAGCCAGAGCCAAUGGAGGUAACGGGGGAGGAGAAGGAGGCGAAGGAGGCGAAGGAGAGGAAAGCUCAAGCAGCGAAAGAGAAGGAGUUGGGGAAUGCAGCUUAUAAAAAGAAGGAAUUUGAGAAGGCUAUUGAGCAUUAUACAAAGGCGACAGAGCUUGAUGAUGAGGAUAUUUCGUAUUUGACGAAUCGUGCUGCUGUUUAUUUGGAGACGGGAAAGUAUGAUGAAUGUAUUAAAGAUUGUGACAAAGCUGUUGAAAGAGGUAGAGAGCUUAGAUCAGACUUUAAGAUGAUAGCAAGAGCAUUGACAAGGAAAGGAACUGCCUUGGUGAAAAUGGCAAAAUGCUCAAGGGACUAUGAACCUGCCAUUGAAACUUUCCAGAAGGCCCUUACAGAGCAUCGCAAUCCAGACACAUUGAAGAAACUAAAUGAGGCCGAGAAAGCAAAGAAGGAUCUUGAGCAACAAGAAUACUUUGAUCCAAAAUUGGCUGAGGAAGAGCGUGAGAAAGGCAAUGAAUCUUUCAAGCAGCAGAAGUAUCCAGAGGCUGUGAAGCACUACUCAGAAUCUUUGAGAAGGAACCCUAAAGAUCCCAAGACAUAUAGUAACAGAGCUGCAUGCUACACCAAACUUGGGGCUCUUCCUGAGGGAUUGAAGGAUGCCGAGAUGUGCAUUGAACUUGAUCCCACAUUCUCAAAGGGUUAUACAAGAAAAGGUGCUGUUCAAUUCUUCAUGAAAGAGUAUGAUAAAGCCUUGGAAACUUAUCAGGAGGGUCUGAAACAUGACCCUCGGAACCAGGAAUUGCUAGAUGGUGUUAGAAGAUGUGUUGAACAGCUCAAUAAGGCCAGUCGUGGUGACCUCAGCCCUGAGGAGCUAAAGGAAAGACAGGCCAAGGCAAUGCAGGACCCAGAAAUUCAAAACAUUCUCUCAGAUCCUGUCAUGAGACAGGUGUUGGUUGACUUCCAAGAGAAUCCCAAGGCGGCUCAGGAACAUACGAAGAACCCAAUGGUGAUGAGCAAGAUUCAGAAGCUUGUCCAAGCUGGAAUUGUCCAGAUGAGAUAGAUUUGAAUGGAAAAGAGCAGUUAAAUGGGCAAAACUCUUUUUUUGUUUUUUUGAACUUUUUCAUCUGUGAAUUGUAAUUUCCAAUGUGAAUUUGAGGGGGCCAGGUGGUAAAAAUUAAUGGAAUUGUAAUUUCCAAUGUGAAUUUGAGUGGGCCAGGUGGUAAAAAUUAAUGGAAUUUGGAAAAGUUUUGAUAUGUUUAUAUUU